UUGUUAGGUUGCUCAUAGAUUUCUUACCCUUUUCAACUUCGUCCUUGUGGGGUGAGCGUUACUCAUUGUAAGCCUUAUUUAUCUUAAAAAAUUUGCACUGUUUGCAUGCUCUCGAGUUAGCAAGGAUUCCAAUAACCUUGCAGCAAGUAACUAGCUAGUACGUGUCAAGUGUCAAUUCAAAGUGAAAAUCAUUGAAACACUUGGUUCAGAAAACUUUUCUGUUUGUGAUAAUUAGUCUUUAAAAUGUCGCCAAUUCUUGUUGUCGAUCAAGAAAAUGCUCAAGAAUUUAAUUCAUCCUCUUUUGAAGGACCUGAAAAGUUGUUGGAGCUUUGGUUUUCAGCUCCGUUCAAUCCUGGCUCUCUGAAUGGAAAUACUAAGUUUGGGUUGAAGAAUGUGAGCCGUGAUUUAUGGGAUGAUAUGCUUAGUCGUGCACAAUGCAAAGUGCUUAGCGUAGUUUCUAGCAACGAGGUUGAUGCCUACCUAUUGUCUGAGUCUUCCAUGUUUGUUUUUCCUCAUAAAAUCAUUUUAAAGACUUGCGGAACUACUACACUACUGGCUAGUUUACCGCGCCUAUUGGAAAUUGCUUCAAGUGUUGGAUUUACUCAUCCUCUGCGCACAUUUUAUUCGCGAAAAAACUUUUUGUAUCCUGAGCGUCAACUUGCUCCUCAUACUAGCUGGAAUGACGAGGUUCGUUAUUUACAGCUUUUCUUUCCUAAGGGUUCUUCUUACGUUGUUGGUCCUACGAACAAAAAUCAUUGGUAUUUAUUUUCUGAUGUCGCUGAUGAAUCAGAUUUGUUUGAGAGCUCUUUGGAUCCGGAAGAUGAGACUUUGGAGGUGCUCAUGACAAACAUGUCGCCUGAACGCUCUUUGCAGUUUUACGCUCCUUCUUUGGACGUUGUUCAUCAAUCUAAGGGUGAAGAUUAUAUGAAGCCACAAAACUCUGAUCAACCUCUACUCUCUACUGGUCAUAUACUUGGGACGUAUAUGGCUGAGUUGUCUGGAGUUAAAGAAUUGUGUAGCACUAAAGAUGGAAAAUCUGUCCUUGAUGCUUUUCAAUUUGAACCCAUUGGCUUUUCCUCUAAUAUGAUUUACAAGGACCGCUAUGCUACAAUUCAUGUUACUCCUCAGGAUCACUGUUCUUAUGCUUCUUUUGAAACAAACGUUUCUAAAACACAAUUUGGUCGCUCUACUAUGGAAACCAUUGAAAAAGCUGUCAAGACUUUUGGAGCCGGAAAUUUCAGCCUUACCCUGUUUCAGGCUAAAGGAUCCGCCCACGAAAAGCAAUUAUAUGAGAAACUUAAACAUUUCGAAUCUUAUAAGCGUGAAGAAUUCAUUGUAUAUGAUUUCCCUGGGUACGAAUUGGUGUUUGCUAGCUUUUCCUCUGUUUAGUGUUCUAUUUCUGUACUCUAUUAAAAAUUUAGAUUAAUGAAUCUCACAUUUUUAAUUGGCUGAUAACUUCUAUUCGAUGUAGUAUUGAUAAUUGAAAACAUGACAAUGAGUGAGUUGUAUUAGAUUACUACUAACUAUGCAAUGGAAGAUUAUAUAUAGUAAUUCUAUCGUUUAAUUUCAUUAAUAAAAUACCAUAACAGUAUCG